UUUCUUACAUGAGAAGUCACUUCUGCAUCUAUACUUACUUAUCAUGUCCUCUCAAUGUUAAGCUAAUAAUAAGUCAACAAUCUUCCUUUAUGUCACCAAACUUUUCAUUGACAUCUGGUCAAUUGACUAAAUUUGCCAAAUAUAAGAUGAAAAUAGACCUAUUUGCCCUUUUGAUGAACCACCUUCAUGUUGUUGAAUAGUAUCAGAGGGAACAAGAUUUUAAGCAGCUACAGUUCUAUUGACGUCAAGAUUCCUAAAUAUGCCGAGUGAUGGAAGAAGAUUGUGGUGCGUUUGUAGCAGACUGUGUUGUCCUGUCGUGCUGCUGCCAGUGCCUUGUGUUGCAAGUUACUGGGUUUGUGUUCUUCAAGAUUCCUCUUAAACUUGUUCAGAAGGUGAAGAAGUUUGUGAAGAGAAGAUGUGGAAAGACCUUGCAACCAAGUAUGGAGGAGGAUGUUGUCAAAGAGGAGCAUUUGUGUGGUAAUGGGUUUGGCUUUGAAGAAAGCUCGUCAAGAUUUAAUUGCAUUGAAGACAUUGAAGGAAUGUUGCAAGAACUAUCGAUGAACAAGGAGUUUGUGUUUGGAAGCUUCUGGCGCCAUGAAGAUUCUUCUGACAUUCUAGAUGUCAAAUAGCGAAAAAAAAAACAGAGAUUAAUACUCAUCUUCUUUGCUUUAAAUUCAUGUUAGUGUUAUUGAUCACGAAUAAAGAAGCUUAAGGAGACAGAUUCAAACCUCUCUCUUGAAAGACAAGGAGAAGAGAUAGUAGGUAGCUAAGACAAGGCUGUAAUAUUGUAGAACUUUCUUAACUCAUGUACAAUCUUCCACUGUUUUCCAAUAUAAUUGGAGGAAGUCAAUAUCAUUUUGUCACUUGUCAAGGUUCUUGCAGAUGAGAUCUCAUGACCGAUCUCUUCAUAGCCAAUAUUCUAGCUGUGAAACCAACCAAUGCAGGCCUUACUCAUAUACAGAGGCGGUCCUGAGCAUAACGAAGUGAAACAUUGGACUAAGACUCCAAUUUUCUAAAAAACAAUUUACACUAGAAAAACCCUCCAAAUUUGUUAAUUUUUUUUUUUAUUAAAACCUUAGUAAAAUGUUUAUGGCACCCAACAUUUCAAGAACCCCCUGCUUAUAUAAGUCUCACCAAUUUUUAACAACCCAUGGUCAUUGCACUGAUCCCCGCAGCUAUAUGCAAGAGCUUCAAGAAACACAAUAUACUUCAUCAUGUCACAUACUCUAUGGGAAAAUGACAUAUGCAUCAUUGACUUCAUCAUCGACUUCGUCAAGGCAAAGCAAAAUUAUUAA